AUGGAAAAUAUUUUGAUUCAGAAUAAAGUGAAACUUCUAUUUCAAAAAAUAGCUGAACCACAUUAUGUUAUGAAUAAUUACUAUGCUGAUCAUUUUUUUACAAAAAUAAACUGUGAGGAUCCUGAAGUUGCUGCUCUAAAAUCAUGGCCUUUACUGCCUGAUCUCCUUAUAGAGGCCUUAAGCUGUGAGGACAGUUAUCACAAUACAGUUAAAGUGUUUUUGGUGAGAAUAUUAGGCGUUAUUGCAUCGGGGGAGGUUAAUUUUGCCAAAAUAUUCUCAAAAAAAGGUGAAGAGAUUUCAAAAGCUUUCAGUGAAAUUAAUGCUCAGGACAUGGACACUAGCCUUAGAGUAGCAUACAUGGAAGUUGCUCUCGCUCUCCUUAAUCAUAAUUCAGGUAUUUGUUGGCUCCUUGAAAGUGGUGCUUGGCAACAAAUACUUUGCUUAUGCCAUGAAAAACGAACAGUUUUUGUUGUAAGACAAACAUACAAAUUUGCAUCUAUAUUUCUUUGGAAACUUAAUGAUUUAGGUAGUGAAGCAAGCAUUAAGUUAGUGCUGAAUUUCAUACUGAAACCAAUAGUGGAAAUUGAUUUUAUAAAAAUAGAUUCAAUGACAAGUGAGGAAGAGGAUGUUAUAUGUAAAACACUUGAGCCCAUGCUGCAAAUAUUAGUAUCUGUUGUUAGUAAUGAGAGCAAUAUAAAGACACAGAAUUGUAUCAUUGAUUUCUUGCUAAAAGAUUUUAAAAUUCUAACUUACUGUUAUGUAAUGUUGGAUAGGUUGAGGAGAGAAGAUGUCUCACUUCUUAUAACAAAAUUUCUAUUUUGGUUGACAAUUGGAAAAAUAUUUCUUACUAAACCAAUAACUUCAAACAUUGAAUACGACAGAGAAGAUUUUAUGGAAAUCAGUGUGACUUAUUUUAACAUAAUCCAGCAUCUGAUUCAAAGACGAUGUGCAACUUUAAUUUUUGAUUUUUGUAAUGCUUGUAAUUUAAUAUGGAGCAGUGUUUGGAUUAAUCAAAAACCUGCCAUAUGGGAACUGGAUGGUAGAAGAGUUGAACUGCAGAAACAAUUAUUGGUUAUUUGCCUAGUACCAUCUUUAGUGUAUGUAAAUCUUAAAAAGAGUUGUACAAUGGAAACAGAUAGAGUUAAGGAAUAUAUUAUAAAAAUUUUAAAUUCAACAUGCGAGCAUACAAUGCGAACUGCUUAUUCUUUGAGAGAUUUAAUGCUUCAAUUGGACACUCAAUCUAUUACAUUACAAAGUGUAAAACGAUUGACUUGCCUUAAAAAGAACUUAAACAAUGAGCAAGCCAAUUUAGUUUUUCAAACACUGUUUUAUGUUAUAAAAGAGUACGACCCUAUAGAUGAUGAAGGUAUUUUGAAAAAAGAGCAAGAGACCUUUGAAGACGACCAAGAGAAAGUACUUGUGUUAACAUAUGUACUGGAUACUUUAUUGUGUCUAGUUAAGAACUACAAUAUAAAUUGGCAAGAGAGUUUGGAAAUUCUAUGUCUUUAUACAGUGGUUUUCAAUAUUUUAAAGAGACCAAACUUGUCAUGCAAAUUUGUAGUAAUAGCUUUAAAUGUAAUAAAAGUGACUGUUAAGAAGUUCCUAACUCCAAACUUAUUAUUAUUAAUGGAAUCUAAGCCAGGCACUUCGAUGGAUGAACUUGGCAAGCUUAUUUAUAUAAAGAUGCAAGAUUUCAAUUGGGAAGUGAGAGACUCGGCACUUGAGUUAUUAUAUGUCUGCACAAAUAUUUGUUUUGUUAAAUUCCCUCCACUACAAAAGCAGAUUUUCUCAAAUAACCUGAUAAACUUGGCAACUACAGUAGCUCUCAAUGAUCAUGAGUUCUACGUGCGCGUGUCAGCGCUCAAGUGCCUUGGUGCUGCGUGCAAAGUGAACACUCUGUGGGACCAUUUGAAGACGGAAUUUCCUAACAUACAGGAACUGCUCAUAACAAUACUGUCUAACAACCCAGAAGGAAUAGUUCGCAAAGAGGCAUGUAAUGUAUUUUGUGAAAUAUAUCAAAAUGUUAAACUGACACCGGAUUUCAAGACUAUUCUAUACAAUCUCAUGGUGUCAUCGGCGCUCAGCGAUUUUCAUUGGGAAGUUCAACUGAGUGCUCUGAAGUUUUGGAGAGUUGUGAUACAAUCGCUGUUAAAUGAUCAAGGCAUGCUCGAUGGUACAUUCCCUCCAGUAACAUUUUCCAGAGAAACUAGGAAAAUUGUUACCCUCAAUGAACAGGAGAUUCAAAGACGAUUAACUCGAAUCUUGGAAGAGCUCUCUUCUAUUGGAUGUCUCACAGUAUUAGUUAAAUUACUGCAUGAGGAAAAUGAAGUGGACAUAAUGGAUGCAGCUCUUACAAUUUCAACGGAAUUGCUAGAAAUUCUGUAUAAGUAUAAUGUUCCUGAAAAUCUUAAACAAAAUGAGAAUGAGCCAAGGAGUAUCGACGAACUGGAACAAAUCAAGCAAGAUACUGCAAAUUUCUGUGAUAAUGGGGACAUGGAAGAACCAAAAAAUUUAGCAAAGGCUGAAAAUGUUAUAGAGAGCAUAUUGAAUGCAGAUGAUAUUAAUUUAUUAGCUAAAAUAUAUGAGAGACAUAUGAGCCUGCAGCCAGAAGAAACAGAGAUUCUGACCCAUAGUCAAACAAGACAUGUAAAGUUUGUUUCUCCAUAUUUCUUUGUCUCUUUCAUAAGAAGCAAGAAUUUCAAACAAGUCAUAGAACAAAAGAAAAAUUGGAACGAUGGCAUCAAAAGUCUCUCAUCAUUGCUAGAUGAUGUUCUGGGUAUAUAUGAAGUUAAUGAUGAUGUUAACUCAUUAGAUUGUUAC